CUUCGUUUGGGAUGACUACACGGUGGAGGUGCGCAUCAAUGACUACCUGGACAUCAUCUGCCCCCACUACACCCACGAGGAGGUGGCGUCGCAUUCGGCUGAGCGCUACGUCCUGUACAUGGUGGAGAAGGAGGACUAUGACGUGUGCAAGCCUCACUCGUUCGAUCAGCUCCGCUGGGAGUGCUCCAGGCCCUUCGCUCCCCACGCUCCGGAAAAAUUCUCCGAGAAGUUCCAACGCUUCACGCCCUUCACGCUGGGAAAAGAGUUCAGGGCGGGGGAGAGCUACUACUAUAUCUCUAAGCCAAUGCAUCACCAUGGCAGCGACUGCUUGAGACUGAAAGUUGACGUCGUCGGGCACAAAGGCUCCGUGAAUUCUCGAGACAAAUCCAAGGCCGAGGAGAAGAAAAAGGAGGAGGAGAGGAUAACGUUUAUUGCUGCAGGAGGAGUUCACAACCCCUCAAACCGGCUCCCAGCAGAUGACCCCGCAGUCAUGGAGCCAAAUGUCCAGAGGAGCAUCGGCAGCUCUGCAGCACAGCUGGUGUCUUUGUCGUUCUUUUUCACCGUGAUCCCAGUCUUGUUAGCCAUGAAGCUGCACUGAGGCCCGCCGCUCCUCCAAAAACAGAGACAUUUUGAACCCGAUGCAGGCUGUUGGGAAAUAAACACUGAGAUUUUAUAUGUGUGUGUGUGUAUAUAUAUAUAUAUAUAUAUAUGAGACUUUUUUAUACGAGCAUGGACAGUGUGUGUUGUUCAGUGUGUGUUUGAUGUGUUUGUUUGUGUGGAUGUGUAGCGUGGAUCGCUACAAAGUAGAAAAGGACCUGAAAGGUGAUGUUUUUUUUGUUUUUUUUUAUCUACAACUUCCUUUCUGUGAUUUUUUUUUUUUUUUUUUUGAGGAUGGAUAUUCUCAAUUUUUGACCAUUUAAGACGCACACCCUUUUCAGUCCUCAUGAACAAGAGCUACAAGCAGAAUGAUCAAAACAUGAGUUUCUAAUCACAUUGACCUUCGUGAUCAUAUGUUUUCAGAUGUUCAUACCGUUGGUACAGCCGUGCAUUGUUUCAUCCUGUUCACAGUCGUUUUCUUCCUCCUCUACAUGUAGAGAAAUUAUUGUGCUUUUUUUGUGUGUCGUUAUCAGCAACUGCCAAAGUGGGAACCAUGAUGUAGGAUAUGUUUAAUGUUUUGUAGCACUCAGCUCCUUAUUCGGCUUCAUCCAGCUAAAUAUCCCAUGUGCUUUCAUCUUUAUCAGAAAAAAAAAAGUUUGUUAAAUGAAAGAAAAGUUGUUGAGGUUAAUUUGAUUUGAAAUGCAUGUUUCUGAAUGGGAAAUAAUGUGUAAAGCAGGGGUCAGCUACCGCUGCAGUCCAAAGACCAAUUAAGCACUAAGAUUUACCUUCAGUGGCUGAGAACCACUAAUAAAGGGAACAAAAUUUAUUCAAAAAGCUGUUUGAUUCCGGUUUCAGGAGCUGAGCUUCAUCAGUACGUCGUCCAGUUUUCUCGUUUAUCCAAUCUUGACCUUACCUGGUACACUGUUUUUGUUUUUUGUUUUUUUUUAUCCUGCUCAUCAAACCUCAAAUUGAAGGAGCUUCCCAUAACAUGGUUGUUUUCCUGCUAAAACAUGCUUGACUCAUUUUUUUUUUUUUUUGUUCGUGUGAAUAUGUAAAUUGUACAUAAAAUUAUAAGAAGCUGUAAAAAAUUAUUUGGUGAAAUAAAGAAACAUGCUACGAUGACUAAA